AUGACUCGUACGGAACGUGCUGCGUACCCUCGUGCUAUCAACAAGGACCGCUCUGAACCCCGUAAUGGAAUGGACAAGUCCAUGAAAAAGGGCGGUGCGGCUGGCGGCUGGGGGACAAUCGACGACGAGAUUGCCGUUGGCCAGGACGACUAUGAGCGAGAGGAAGGCCGUGACGAAGUUGCAGAUGAUCUCACAAACAGCACUAUUUCGGGCAAAAGUCCGGAAAUACCACGUCGUUCAUCGAUCUCGAUGACUGAUGAAGAGAGGCGAGAUGCCAAGGACUUUAGAGCCCAUGCUCUCAAGGAUGGAGAAACGGAUCUGGCGGCCAUCGCACGCACUUCGAGCGCUGCAUCGACUUCUCCCCGUGCGCCUGUGCUCCCAGUGUUGUCCAACCCCAACCAUUGCGACUUUACUGCCGGAAACGGAACAGGGGGCGAAUCCAUCUAUGGCGAAAAAUUCGACGAUGAGGCCUUCCCCGUAAACCACACCAAACCGUUUUUGCUCUCCAUGGCCAACGCAGGUCCCAACACCAACGGAUCCCAGUUCUUCGUCACGACGGUCCCCACUCCCCACCUGGAUCAAAAGCACGUCGUCUUUGGAGAGGGUUUAAAAAUAGUCAGGCAAAUCGAGAAUUCCCCCACGAGCUCGGGUGAUGCGCCUGUUGCCCCGUGUGUGAUUACCAAGUGCGGAGAGCUGACAUCCGAUGAUGAGCUCCAGCUCGCGAACGAGGUCCCAUCGGAUGGGGACAAGUAUGAAGAUUAUCCCGAGGAUGACGAUUCGGACGUUCAGACUAAUACCCAGAGAGCCUUGGAAAUUGCAAAAGAGAUUAAAGAAGUUGGAACCAGGUUGCAUAAAGAGGGCAAGUUGGAGCUUGCUUUGGACAAGUAUCAAAAGGCGAUACGGUAUCUUGAUGUCCAUCCCGUCAUGCCGCAAGAUGCUCCUCCUCAUACGCGAGAGGAGUUUACGGCCCUCUUGACCCCGCUCUUGUUGAACUCGGCCUUGGCUGCGAUCAAAGUCAACAAGGCCUCUGUCGCGCUCGCUGCUACCACCCGAGCCCUGGCACUCCAACCCGAGAUUGCAGCAAACGAUAAAGGCAAAGCGUACUACCGCCGCGCGCUUGCCCACUCGCUACAGCAUGACGAAGACGAGGCCGAGGCCGAUCUCAAAGAGGCUCUCAACAUUGUGCCUGGAGACGAAGCGAUUAAGAACGAGUUGGCCAAGCUGCAGCAGAGGAAAAAGGAAAAGAGAGAAAAGGAAAAGAAGGCGUUCAAGGGAUUAUUCUCGUAG